AUGAAAAAAUAACUACAAAACGAGGUCGUUUGGACUGUGAUUAGCGGUAACAUUAACUAGUCUUAGAGAGAGAACAAAAAAGUUCAACAAUAAGGAAGAAGAAGAAUCGAGAGAAGGCAUCGCAAUAAUCAAAAAUCAAAAUCAUGGCAGGUAGAUUGACGAACGCAGCAUCAAGAAUCUUGGGCGGAAAUGGCGUUGUUCACCGAUCUGUAGCUUCAUCUCUUCGCCUCCGCUCCGGCAUGGGCCUCCCCGUCGGCAAACACUAUGUCCCAAACAAACCCCUUCCAAUGAACGAGGAACUUUUAUGGGACAACGGUACUCCAUUUCCCGAACCCUGUAUCGAUCGUAUUGCUGAUACUGUUGGAAAGUAUGAAGCAUUGGCGUGGCUUUGUGGAGGAUUGAGUUUUUUCGCGUCUUUGGGAUUAUUGGCUGUGUGGAAUGAUAAAGCCUCCAAGUACCCUUUUACACCCAAGGUAUAUCCAUAUGACAAUCUGCGAGUGGAGCUUGGUGGUGAACCAUAAGUAGAUCCAAGGCCGAAAUGGGAUGAGAAAUUGUUGUUUUAUAUAAUUGUUAUUUUCUGUUCAUUUGUACUCUUAUGUGGUUCAAAAUAAUGUAUUGUGGAAGACUUGCUGAAACCAAAUACAAAUCGAAGCGUCGAAUUUGGUUUAGUUCUUUUGAACGUUCUCAUGCUUCUGGUCGCUAUAGUGAGUUGUUAUUCUGCCUAAUUUAUCUAGUCUAUGGAACUGUGGAUAAUCUUACAAGAUUAAUAAAAUUGAACCUUCCUAAUUUUU